CUUCCUCGAAUGACAUCUUGGCUAUUUAUGUACACGCUAUGAACAUUAUGCGGACGAGCAGGACAAAAGUCAACCCCUGGCGAUGAAUACAGCAGUUCGCUUUCGUACUGAACAAUACAUGUAGGUCGUUGGUUGGUAACUGAACGCCAUCGCGGACUGCUGUGCAAAAAUUCCAUUUUCCCCAACUGAACACCAGAGCAGCUCUUACAAACCCAGACUCGGAUAUCGCAGAUUCACAAUGGAGUCGAGGAAGCGUCUGUCUUCGGUGGGACAAGGUAGCAGCAUCGUCGAAAAGGUGCUGUCGGGUCUGUCCGAUUUCGGAACCAGGAGUCUCAACCUCAGUGUAAUGGUGAACGACCCGUCCCUCAAAGAAGCAUACACUACCGCCCAAACCAACGGUCGGUUACCGACCAACCGAGCACGGGUCCUGAUCCUUGGCGAACCUCGUGCCGGCAAGACCAGCUUACUGAACCGGCUCAUGGGCAGAGAGUUUGACAUUCGGGAACAGCCGACCGAGGGUAUCGAGACGCGCAUGUGUCAUGUGACCAACGUGGACAAGCAGUGGAAUGAAUCUGAAGAGGCCAAGGCAGAUGACAUCCGGGAAUGUGCUUCUGCGGCGGCAGUUCUUGGGGAAGUGUCUUCAGGUGGGCCUGAGAUUGAUGAGAACAGCAAUAGAAAAGCCUUCAAACCGGCCCAAACCUCACCCGCCCCGGAACCUUGCUAUCCAUCACUCGCUCAUCUAAUGAAGAUAGCGGCACAGCUCAUACUUGCCGUGGUGGUUGUCUUUACCCUGGGAAUAUUCCAAUACGGCUAUGUGGUAUUUGUGUGGUGCUCCAUUGCGGUGACGUCUUUGUCAGUGGAUUACAACAACGCAUACCGGUUUGCAACAUCCAUGUCAUUGGUUUGUGCUCUCUUUGAGGCCAUGAUGCGAAUUGGUCAUCCACUUGAAGUCCUGGCCUGUAAAGAGGACGAUAACAAUUCCAGACAAGACGUAAUAUAUUUCAUAGUGAAGAACAUCAUGUUGAAUAUGCUGAACACCUUAAUGGUGGGAUUAGGCAACGGUUUGGGCUUUCGCACAGGUAUUGCCGUGGCUUUCUCUGCGUGCGUCCACCCAGCUGAAACGAACCUCACUCUGGAUACCGUUGUCGAAGGAUUGAAAACAUCUUGGAAAAUGUUCCUACUAGGUGGAGUCUACGGAGUGGGAGGAGUCAUCGGAUUGGGAUGGUACAAAUACUGCACGUCUGACAAUCGACUGCACAAGAGUAGAGCAGCCAUCUGCUGGGGUUUCGGGGUCUUGCUUCUCGGGUUGUCCUCGGAAGGUGGGUGCAACUAUCGACCUUACUGGUUCAUCUUUCUCAAUGGCUUCGCUAUGACACUUGUCGGCACUUGGGGUGCCAUAUUUGGCCGGAGGACGGUUCUGAAAUACGGCUUUGAGGCUAGUUACCUGACCAAGAAAAUGGUGGGUUUUCUGAUAGGUCUAUACCUUGCCCACAUGUGUGGUUGGUCUCUGAGGGUACCAAACGCCUCCUUGCCCUCUCUUGCAUUGUACGUUCUAUCGAUCACCGCACAUCCCUUGUUUGAUCUUCACACCACCUACAAGAUCUGGCGUGCGAAGCAGGUCUUUCCCAUUAAGCUGAUGCGAGCAAAGAUGAAGGCUGUCUUAAAGGGACAUCCGGUCUUAGAGACCAAGCUAAGUCUGUGGGACUUUGCUGGGGACACACUCUACCACUGUACGCAUCACAUCUUCAUGCCUGACAGAGCUCUGUAUGUGAUCGUCUUCAAUCUCCAGGCUGCUGUUUCUGACGAGGAAGGACAGCUACAGAAACUUCUCUUUUGGUUACAUUCAGUCUGUGCGCAUGCGCGUCACCCAGACGCUGUUGUCAUCAUUGUCGGCACCCACAAAGAGAGCGUUUCGGAGGCGAACAGGACGCGUAUCACUAAUGAACUUCACCGUAGAAUUGCUUCUCCAUUUUGCCACCGACUGGUUUUGAACCCACUGAACGACAAGCCGCUGUUCCUUGUCGAGAAUUCGCAACCCAUUGACGAAGAUUUCAAGCAGUUACGAGCCGAAAUAUUCAGACGAGUUGAGAGUGCCGAGUACGCCCAGGAAAAAUAUCCCAUCAAGUAUCUGCACUUCUAUCGCGAGAUUCAGAGACACCGAAAACGGGCAGAGAAGGCUGCUAACGUGAUGACAUUGGAUCAAAUAAGAGACCUUGCCAGGGAAAUCUGCGAUGUGACAAAUGAAAAAGACUUGAAGAACAUGCUCAAGUUUUUCUGCGAAGCUGGAGAAAUCAUUCACAAAGAUAAAGACGACGUUUUGCGGCAGUACGUUGUAUUGGACCCUCAGUUCCUAGUUGAUGUCAUGAAGAAACUUGUACAAGUCCCUCGUGGUUCUAGAAGAUCGCAUCGCUUUGCUGUAGAUUGGAGAAAUUAUGAAAACAGUGGAAUCAUCACUGAAGGUCUCCUGCAACAUAUUUACGGCGACAUGUGCCAUCUUGUGCCACUCCUAACCAAGCUUCUCCAGGCAUAUGACCUCAUGUGUCCCGUAAUGCCAGUUUUAAAUCCACACAGCUCGCAGAAGUCCUUUUUAGUGCCGGCCAUGCUUUGUCCUUACCAGGGUGAGCCAACAGAGUUCUGGCAGCCGACGGAAAAGGAAGAGGUCUUUUACUUUGAUUUUGAUUUCUUCGAUCCCAGCACCGUCUACUACCGUCUCCUAACUCGAUGCCUGACUCACGCCUGUGUAGACAAGUUCGACUCCUCCUCGAAGCCUCUGAUUUUUGCAGACCGGUGUCGUUUCCACAUUGGUGCAAAGUUUGUCUUUAAGUUGCAGCUUGAAAGACGAUCUCGCCAACAGAUGCUUCUGUCAGUCACCGUCCUUGCCUUCGAGGAGCAACAUCCCGCCAGUCAUCUACUCAGAUUCUUGCUGAACGUCGUGAGAAGCAUAGUUGCUCGGGACUACCCACAUCUGUGUUUCACAUUCGGUCCUCGCUGCCCUUACUGCGUGCACAAGGUCACGUCGGACCAAUCGAAGGAGAUCAUGUCCGAAGACAGCUGUGGGAACAACAAUCGCCACGAGGCCAAAAUCCACGUGCUGAAGAUAUCAGGGCAUGACCAGGCGUUUCCUACAACGUCCCCUGCUGUAAUGCUGUGUGGUCAAAAUAGGUACGAGUGGAUGCUGACUGGGUGCAAAUCUCAGGAUAUACAGCGUAGUUCCUCCAGUCGUCCGCAAAAGGUGACAUUCACCAUAAAGACUGCAAUUACGAAACUUCCUCCAGGCAUUUUUCAUAAAGUGUGCCAGAUGCUCGACAUUUUUCCAGAUACAAGGAACUGGAAGACCCUGGCGGGGGAGUUGGGUAAAGACGUGGAAUCCGUAGCGGUGUUGGACAGCGAGCGGGUCGGUAGCCCGACUGAGUGUCUGCUGCGAGAAUGGGCCGCGAUUGGUGGCGACGUGACGGUCGGCGACUUGCUGGAAGUGCUUGGUAGACCGUCGCUUGAGCGAAUGGAUAUCAUGCAAGAAAUACGCUCCCAAAUGACUCCACACUGAAGUCAUAGCGAAGGCGUACAAAAUGAUGUGGUUAGUAUUGGAUACGUGCGAUUUAGCUUUCAAAGGGCAAUCCUUAUCGUAAGUACUGUAUGCCAAUUAAGCUAGUCUAUGGGGUUGAAUUUCAACCGGAGUCAACUCAUGGAAGCUACUCGAAUGUACCCAUGGCCUGAAAGUACACAGCAUAUGCCUACUACACCAGUAGGGUGUAGAUUUGUUUAGAUGGUCGAGAUAUACGCACAAAUUGCAGUGUUCUUUUUCAAUUCGGAAUUGGCAAGAAACCUGCUUUGCAACACCUGCACUUCCGUUGCCUUCCCUCGCAAAAAUUGUGAGGAAAAACCAGUCCAUCCUAUUGCCCUAAUUAUGCAUGGACGAACGAACAUGGACGAACAUGCUUAUGCUUGUGGGGCAAGGCUGAUUUCAUGGAGAAAAUAGGUGGCGCUGUUCUUUAUAUGAGGUCAAACAUACACAUGGCACAGUGUACAUUAGGUGGUUUUGUAUUACUCCCGUUGGGCGCUACAUUGGUUUUUGUUUCAUUGGGUUGUGUUGUGUUAUGUAUGAAAAUGCUGUGUGACAUUCACCAGUGUGGUGUUCCACUGUAGUACUAAUUAUCGCAACAAAAGUAGAUGAAGAAACGGCAUUGAUCUUUCUCCCUCGUGACUUUUAUGCGACCAUCAAAAAUGUGUCAUCUAUUUUUAUAACAAGACGCGGGCAUUCAGAAUCAUUUUAAAGUACCCGAAGUUAGUGAACAACCUAUUAAAUUUGUCACGUUACGGGAUGUAGUGUGAGCAAAAGCUUUGCUUUGUUUGAAUUUGUAGAAAGUAUUAUUUGAUCAUUGUGUCGUUUAAAUAAUAAGUAUGACUUGCCACCGAGAUGGACUGCAGACUAUUUCUCUUAACGGAUUUCAAAUAACUGUUGAUGGCGGUCAUAUCGAGCUCUCAAGGAGCUAUAAUCGACCGGACAUUUACAGUGCAUGAACAUGAAACUAACCUUUUGCUGCUGUUUCAUAGUAAGCUGUGAUAGCAAGCUGAGUAGGGGAAUACAAUAAUUGUUAUUACUAUGAUAAUUGUUUGCAAAAUCGGCAAAAUAAAGUCAAGGGCGACAACUUAACAAGCACAUGCCUGAAUUUAGUAUUAGGAAUAAGCCAGUUUAACCAGCGGGUUGGAAUUUGUACAGGGAACAUCUACUUUAAUAAAUUCAGCAAUGUCAAGCUAUCUUACUCUUUACACUUAACAUCUUUACCUUAACUUUAACUAGCAAUGUAUAUUAAGUGAAGUGUGAAAAACCACUACGUUGACUUGUGCAUCAUAAUUAUCGCAUAUAGCGUUUUUAGGGAGAAGUGUAAUUGAAUGUGAAAGAGUAAUACCCUAUUUGAUAAACUGUAUUUGUUUCCUUUUCUUCGCACACGAUAGUUUUAGAAGGAAUGGUCUAUUUUGUGUAUCGACUUGCAAAAAAAUGACUUGUUACCAACCCCAGUCAGACGCUAUACUCGACCGGCCCCAUAUAUUUUUAUAGCUUGUAACUCCGUAAGUUGAUGCCUGGUUCUUUUUGCUGAUUACAGCUGGACAAAAUAAUGUGAAGCUUGACUUGCACUUGGACAAAGAGACUUGU